AUGAAGUCGCUCUCCCUACUGGCGCUCGCCGCCAUCGCUCCUCCAGCGGCUGUGGCUGCUGUAGUAGACCGCCAAGUUCCCUUUGAGAACAGGCCCGUGCAAGGGCUUCCAGAGAAAUUCUUAAUCCAGCUCGGACCCGAACAGACAAGAUGGGUGACAGAAGACGAGAAAUGGGCCUUGAAAAUGGAAGGAGUAAACUUUUUUGACAUCACGGCCGAGCCAGACAGAGGGUUCUCUGCUAAGAGCCACGAGCGUAUCCAAGUUAGCUUUCCAUCGGAAGUCAAACACCAAACGGAACUGGCGCCUCUGCUAGAGCAACUGUCCAAGGAUAAUAUGCGCCAGAACCUUGUUCACUUUACCUCUUUCCAUACCAGAUACUACAAGUCGGAAACUGGUGUUCAGUCGGCAACUUGGCUGUUUGAACAGGUGGAGGAGGCCAUCCAGGAUUCUGGCGCUGCUCAACACGCCGUCAAAGUCGAAAGGUUUGAGCACUCAUGGGGCCAAUUCAGUAUUAUUGCAACUAUCCCAGGAAGGACGAAUAAGACUGUGGUCAUCGGCGCUCACCAGGACAGUAUCAAUCUGUUCCUGCCAUCGAUCCUUCCCGCGCCUGGUGCAGACGAUGAUGGUAGUGGAACUGUGACUAUCCUCGAGGCGUUCCGUGUUCUGUUGCAGUCAGAGGCGGUUCAGCAGGGCAACGCUGCCAACACCAUUGAGUUCCACUGGUACUCCGCUGAGGAAGCUGGCCUUCUUGGCUCCCAGGCAAUAUUCUCGGACUACAGUAAGACUGGCAGAGACAUUAAGGCCAUGCUGCAACAGGAUAUGACUGGUUAUGUCGAGGGCACAACUAAAGCUGGUGAGGUAGAGUCCGUAGGUGUUAUCACCGAUUUUGUCGACCCAGGUUUGACAGAGUUCAUCAAACGUGUCAUUACAGGGUACUGUACCAUUCCGUUCGUCUUGACACAGUGUGGUUAUGCCUGUUCGGACCACGCUUCGGCCAGCCGAUAUGGAUACCCGUCAGCAUUCGUCAUUGAGUCAGAAUUUAAGCGCUCCAACCAGCGGAUCCACACAACGGGAGACACUGUUGAUCUUUUGAGCUUUGACCACAUGCUACAGCAUGCAAGAAUGACGCUUGCUUUCGCGUAUGAGCUUGCAUUUGCAGAGCUGUAG